AAUAAUACCAGCAAUUCUUCAGAUUAUGAUUAUCUCAUCAAAUUCUUAACACUUGGCGAUUCAGGUGUUGGCAAAACUAGUUUUCUCUAUCAGUACACUGACGGGUCAUUCAAUACGAAAUUCAUAUCAACCGUUGGAAUUGACUUCAGAGAGAAGAGAGUCGUGUACAGAUCACAAAAGAGUGAUGGCAUGACGGGUAGGAGCCAGAGAGUGCACCUACAGCUAUGGGACACUGCCGGACAAGAAAGAUUCCGUUCCCUGACAACUGCUUUCUUUCGAGACGCCAUGGGGUUUAUAGUGCUCUUCGACAUAACGAGUGAAAAGUCAUUCUUAAACGUAAGGAAUUGGUUGGAACAGCUCAAGACUCAUGCAUAUUGUGAUGAUCCUGAUGUUGUCCUCUGCGGCAAUAAAGCAGAUGCCUAUGAGAGGCGUGUAGUUUCUGAAGAGAGGGCCCGUCAAGAGGCCGAGAAAUAUGGACUCAAGUACUUCGAGACGAGUGCGGCCACGGGUCAGAACGUAUCGAAAUCAAUGGAAACAUUACUGGAUUUAGUGAUGAGUCGAAUGCAACGAGUGGUUGAAACAAGUCCUCAACUGCCGAACCGAUACUAUCUCAACGAUAGUAUAAAACUAGAAACUAAUGCACAAAACGAAAACCAGACCUCAAAUUACAGUAAAUACUGUAAUUGUUAGCCAAUCGGAACAAAUCUUUAACGAAAAUCGAUUACAUAUUAAUAUUUCAUAAGCUAUGCC